AUGGUUAGUAUUGGAGCCUAUCCGGUACCUUACGGAUACGUAUGGGUCGUGUUAUACCUAAAAAGAGAAGCUACAAAAAAAAAAACUAAACGCGCGGAAUCGGCUCGACGAGUAACAAACCAAUAUUUUGUCAAAGUAAAUGGAGUUGACAUUCAAAUAUGUAAGACUGAAUUUUUAUCGGUCCAUGGACUUCAAAACUCCAGUAAGCGAUUAAAACUUAUCGCUCAGCAAAUUGUUGAAGGCAGGACAACUCCAAAAAGGGACGGUAGGGGCAAACAUCAAAACAGACCCAACAAAAUUUCUGCAGAAAGAGUUCAGUCUGUUCAUGACCAUAUUAAAGCCAUUCCGAAAUAUGUGAGCCAUUACAGUCGGAAAGUUAAUCCAAAUAGAGUUUUUCUAAACCACGACCUCAACAUAUCUACUCUCUACAAGGACUAUUAUGUUGAGUGGUGCAAAGAACGUGGAAUAGCACCAGUAAAAGAAGAUCGGUAUAGACGAAUAUUCUGUUCUGAUUACAAUAUAGGAUUUAAGUUGCCCAAGAGUGAUACUUGUCAUACAUGCGACUUCCUUAAUAAUCAAAUGGAAGCAAAUAAAGAAAACCUGGAGGAAUUCAAUGAAUUUAAAACACAACUGCAGCUUCAUCAGACGAGAGCACUUGCCAUGCAGGAUAGCUUGAAAAAAGAGGUAUCAGACAAUGCGAAAAAUUCCACGUGUAUAAUAUCAUUUGAUUUACAGCAGACUCUUCCCACGCCUUCGCUAACUGUGGGUCCUGCCUUCUAUUUACGAAAGGCUUGGACGUACAACCUCGGCAUACACGAUUGUGUCACUGGCAAAGGUAGCAUGUUUUUGUGGGCAGAAACUACUGCAAAAAGGGGAAGUGAAGAGAUUGCAAGCAUCCUGCUGAAAUACUUACAAGGUAUAUCUUCCACUAAAGAGCACUUGGUAGUUUUCACUGAUAACUGUGGAGGCCAGAACAAAAACUGGGUAAAUGUGGGUAAAAGAGGAUCUCGGCUGGGAAGUCAACGAACCCUGACAGAUUUGAGAAGAAAAUACAAUGGACCUCUAGCACUGAAUGACAAGAAGAUCAAAGAUCUGAAAAAGCUUCUAAAAUAUAUCCCGCCGAUUAGUCAGCAGUUUUUUGUUGAUAUUGUAGGAAAUACAAUUGAAGCAGAGCCAGGCAGUGAACAGCCGAAGGAAGGAGAAGAAGAGGCUGAAGAUAUAGAUGGCGAUGAUGAAGAAGUGAAUUUGGACUAA